AAUCAGAGGUUCAGGCUGUGAUUACCAAUUUCCCAUACAGCCUAUAAGAACUACAUUGCACCAGUGGAGGCUACUAGUAGUUGCAGAAUAUAACAAAAAGUUAUUUGGAACUGGUUCAAGAGAAAACACACUGUGCCUUUAACGCCUGGGAGGCAAGAAGUUAAUGGUGCCAUUUGUAUUAUUCCAGACAAUGUUGGCCUUGCUUGAGACAUUAGAGCUAGUGGUAAUGCAGAAAGCAGACUAGAAGUAGCAUGAUUUUCUGUAAGACUCUGAGUAUUCUCUCACGUGAGUGUCUGCUGGAUUUCUGUUUACUGCAGUAGUGAUUAGCCAUAGGAAGGUGCUCUCAAGAACAACCUUGUGCCUGAGAGACAAGGAAAUACUGUUUCUUUCUCUUUCCUUGCCCUGGUAUAGUACAUAGGAAUGCAGGUCGGGGAGCCAGCCAACCUGUUGUCCUCAGUAUGGUCUGAUGAAAAUUAGUUUCAGCUUUAAAGUGAUCUUGUAUUGUAAUUAGAUGUACCAUAGGAAAGAUGCAUAUAGCAGUUUCUCAGGUAAACCAAGGCACCAAUGGCUCAAGUCACGCAUGUGGAAAGCAACUUUCCCUCGGAGGAACUAGAGAUGGUACCAGGCAGGAAGAAGUGGAAGGUGAACUCAGUGAAGAAGAACGGUGGUUUGGAAAUUCUUCAGAGACUCCUUCAGAAGCAUCAUAUGGAGAAGUCCAGGAGAACUUUAAGUUGUCUCUGGAAGACAGGAUCCAAGAUCAGUCCACUUCCCCAGAUACUUCUUUGGGAAGUGCAACUCCUAGCAGCAACGCAGCGGAGUUGGGAACCAUUGAAAAUGAAGCACUAAGAGACACAUUACAGAGCAAAGAGCACCUUUCUCCUGACGCAUCAUCUCUGUGUGAGGAAGAACCUGCUGGUUCAAAUAAGCCUCUGAGCAGUAACCUGAGGCGGCUGUUGGAGGCUGGCUCCCUCAAGCUGGAUGCUGCUGUUACAGUCAAUGGCAGAGUUGAGUCCCCUGUAAGUCUUGGCUCAAAUCUCUCCUUUUCUCCACCUGCUCAUCAUGCCCAGCAGCUCAGUGUGCUUGCCAGAAAGCUAGCUGAGAAACAGGAACAAAGUGACCAAUACAAUGCAGGUAGUCACUUUAUAUGGAAUCAAGGUAAGUGGUUGCCAAACUCAACCACCACCUGUAGUUUGUCCCCCGAUUCAGCUAUCCUGAAACUGAAAGCCGCAGCCAAUGCUGUUCUGCAGGACAGAUCUCUUUCAAGGACUGAAGAUAAUAUAAGAUUUGAAUCCUUUUCCUCACCUUUUAGCUCUCAGUCUGCCAGCUCCACAUUAGCAGCUUUAUCAAAAAAAGUGAGUGAAAGAAGCAUGACUCCUGGGCAGGAGCACCCGCCUCCGGCUAGUUCUUUCCUUUCACUGGCUUCUAUGACCUCUUCAGCUGCCCUGCUCAAGGAGGUUGCUGCAAGGGCUGCAGGCACCCUGUUGGCAGAGAAGAAGAAAUCACUGGUUGCUGAGGAUCCCCUGCAGCUUUCAGAGGUGAAGCAAGAGAAAGCAACUCCACCACAGUCUUUGGAAUUAUUGUUACUGCCAGUCCCUAAGGGAAGAGCAUCCAAACCCACUAGUACAGCCUCAGAAGAAGAAGGAGGAAAACCUUUCCAGUGUCCAAUCUGUGGUUUGGUUAUCAAGAGGAAGAGUUACUGGAAACGGCACAUGGUGAUUCAUACAGGUUUGAAAAGUCAUCAGUGCCCACUCUGUCCAUUUCGCUGUGCGCGUAAGGACAAUCUCAAAUCACACAUGAAGGUUCAUCAGCACCAAGACAGGGGUGAGACCUUUCAAUGCCAGCUAUGCCCUUUUACCUCCUCCCGCCACUUCAGCCUGAAACUCCAUAUGCGUUGCCAUCAGCAUUUCCUCAGGACAGAAUCCAAAGUGAAGGAGGAAAUACCAGAAACUGAGGUGAAGGGGUCACCACAGCUAAAUAGUGACUCCUGCCCGGGACCACAGAGGGAAGGAGUUGGACCUGACCUUAUGGGAUCAGCAUCUGUAUCUAAAACAUCUGAUGUGGCUGGGCAGGCUAGUGGAGGUAUUCCACCUUUACUAGUGAAAGAAGAGCCCAAAGAUGACAAUGGCAUCUCAGCUGCACCUUUUGCUCUUAGCACUGUUGACAGAGCCCCCAACAACACAAAGCUGAAAGACUCUGACUUUGUGGCCAGUACAGCAUCAGCACUAUUCAGCCAAGACAUCUCUGUCAAGAUGGCAUCAGAUUUUCUUAUGAAGCUGUCAGCUGCAAAUCAAAAAGAGCCCUUGACUCCAAAGUUUAAAGUGAAAGAUGAGCCUAAGGAUGAAGAAGCUGCAAGUUCAACCUUGUCUCAGUCCAGCUACGUGUUCGGCCAGGAAUCUGAAGCCUCAGCUCCCAGUGCACCUAAGGAGAAACUCAAGCCACAGGAAGCACAGGCAAAUAUGAUGAGGCAGGACAUAUCAGUCAAGGCAGCGUCUGAGCUCCUCAUGAAGCUCUCAGCUGAGAGUUACAAGGAAACCCAGACUGUAAAGAUAAAGGAAGAGCCAAUGGAAGUUGACAUUCACGAUUCGCAGACUUCAGCGUCACCCAGCCAACCCAGCCAAAACGUUGGCUACAGCACUUUAUUGGGGCGAGACAUUAAUGAACACAUCCAGAAGGCACCAGAAGGUCGUGUGCUCCCAGAACGAAAUUUGUUCAGCCAAGAUAUAUCAGUGAAGAUGGCAUCCGAGCUGCUCUUCCAGUUAUCAGAAAAGGUGAGCAAAGAGCACAAUCACAAUAAAGAUAACACCAUCAGAACUACAGUCAGCCCUUACUUUUCUGAAGACACAUUUAGACAAUCACCGUUCACUUCCAACUCAAAAGAUCUCCUGCCUAAUGAAACUGCUCUUCAUGGAAGGACGUCGGCACCAGAAGCAGAAAAGCUGGGGCUGGAGGCAGGAAACGGACUGCCGUCGUGGAAAUUCAAUGACCAGCUCUUUCCCUGUGAAGUGUGUGGAAAAGUGUUUGGUCGACAGCAGACUUUGUCCCGACAUCUCUCGCUGCACACAGAAGAGAGAAAAUACAAAUGCCACUUGUGCCCCUACGCUGCUAAGUGCCGUGCUAAUCUGAACCAGCACCUGACCGUCCAUUCUGUGAAGCUGGUGAGUACAGACACUGAGGACAUUGUCAGCGCUGUCACUUCUGAAGGCAGUGAUGGGAAGAAGCACCCUUACUAUUACAGCUGUCAUGUGUGUGGGUUUGAGACGGAGAUGAAUGUCCAGUUUGUCAGUCAUAUGUCCCUCCAUGUGGAUAAGGAGCAGUGGAUGUUCUCGAUUUGCUGCACAGCGUGUGAUUUUGUCACCAUGGAAGAGGCAGAUAUGAAGGCUCAUGUCAACAGCAAGCACACAGCUGAGGAGAGGAAGACACCCAGUGAAUCUAACAGUCCAUCUUCAUCUUCACUGUCAGCACUCAGUGACUCUGCUAACAGCAAAGAAGAUGCAGAUAUAUCUCCAAAAAACAAGGGUUCAAACAACUUGCUGGUCAUUUCUGUAGUGCCUGGUGCUCAGACCUCACUGAAUACUGAAGAGAAGUCAGAGAAAGGCUUUGAAUGCGUUUUCUGUAACUUUGUCUGCAAAACAAAAAAUAUGUUUGAGCGCCAUCUGCAAAUCCACCUGAUCACACGGAUGUUUGAGUGUGAUGUGUGCCACAAGUUCAUGAAGACACCCGAGCAAUUAUUGGAGCACAAGAAAUGCCACACUGUCCCCACUGGUGGGCUCAAGUGCCCAUUCUGCAUCUACUCCACUAACCGCCCUGCAGCAAUGGAGUGCCACCUGAAGACUCACUACAAGAUGGAGUACAAAUGUCGGAUCUGCCAGACAGUGAAAGCAAAUCAGCUGGAGCUGGAGAUGCACAUCCGAGAACACCGCCUUGGCAACCAUUAUAAGUGUGACCAGUGUGGCUACCUGUCCAAGACUGCCAACAAGCUGAUUGAACACGUGCGUGUCCACACUGGUGAGCGCCCUUUUCACUGUGACCAGUGCAGCUACAGCUGCAAACGCAAAGACAAUCUCAACUUGCACAAGAAACUGAAGCAUGCUCCACGCCAGACUUUCAGCUGUGACGAGUGCCUGUUCAAGACUACCCACCCUUUUGUUUUCAGCCGCCACGUGAAGAAGCACCAGAACGGGGACUGCUCUGAAGAGGAGAAGAAAGGCCAGUAUUCAACCUCUAAGGAAGCCAGUCCGCUCCUACCAGUGAACAGCUCCAGAAACCUCCUGUCACCCCUCUCAGUUAUGUCUGCCUCCCAGGCUCUGCAGACAGUGGCUAUGUCAGCUGCACACAGCAGUGGGGCAGAACCAAACUUGGCAGUGAAAGCCUUGGCUAUCAAUGGCACUUCCCUGUGCUUUGAUAAAUACUGGAACUCAGAGUUUGCCCACCUUAUUCCUCUAACAAUGUUUUUCCCCAAAAACCACUACAGUCUCACAUUCCAUCCGCCCAGACCUCAGACUGCACCGGCAGGUGCCUCUUCACCUAAACACUCCUUCCUUGCCUACCUUGGACUAACAGAAAGGGCAGAAACUGUCUGAGGGCAGUUACAUUCUGUACCAAAAAUACCCCCAACAAACCCAGCAGGUAUACAUUGCUGCAAACCGUAAACCGAAGAGGUAAUGAACAUUUGUACUAUAUCAGUAGUAAGGUUUAGAAAAUGGCUCUGUGUAUACUUAUUGCAUUGACAUGAAAGCUGCUUUAUUAAAUCUCCAAGAGGUGACCUACUGCAUACUUCUACCUUCAGCAUGUUCCCAGUACUCUUAUCUAAGAAACUAUUUUGUCUUGUUAAGCUGAAAAAGAGUGUCCUUACUGGCAGUCAGCGCUUGUAAGAUUUCAUAUUGAUGCAUUUUUUUUUUUCGGUCUUUGUGUGGGUGUGUGAAAGAGAGUCUGUAAGCGUGCCAUGACACUGCUUUUGCACAUCCCUUAUACUGGUUUAUUUAUCUAUUAUCUUGAACGCACUCAUUCCUUCCCUUCCCUCUGUAUCCCCUGGAACUGUAGAGUUGGGGCGGGAGUAACUCUUGGUCUGGGGCUGACUGGUGUCAUUAUUUCAGUGCUGCAUGUAGCAUCGUUUAGUUGUUUGAAGCCUUGUAUUGAGUUGUCAAGGUUUGAGGAUUUUGGGUAGAGCCGAUAAGGAAGAAGUGGCUUUCAGCACUGUAGGAUGAGAGUAUAAUAAUGAAAAUGUGUGUGUGUGUACACCCACAUGUGUUUGUGCAGUGUACACACUCACACAGCAGGAUCAUUUCUUCUUAGCUGUUACGCAGGUGUAACAGACACCUGAGUCUGGGCCAUAGCAUACAUCUUUUGUUUUAAAAGGACAUUUAAAUAUUAUAUAGAGAUACAUAUAUGCUGUUUUAUGCAGUGGUUACCUUUUAGUUUGCAGGAACAACUUGCAUAACUAGAAAUCUAUGGUGGAAAAAAAAAUCCAACAAAGGGGAUUUUACAAAGGGUAUGGAUAAAUUCUGGGUAUAAAUACUCAGACUAAAAAAAAAAAAAGGCAGAUUUGCACAGUGCUUUAGUCC